GAAGUGGUUUCGGCCCUAGUGGAUCCGGGUGGGUGCGCGCAGGUGGCCGAGGAGGGUUCCAGUUCUUCAGCGUGAGGUGCCGCAGGUGUUCGGCUUAGGUCCCGGGUCGCAGAUUGUGGGAUUAGUGAUAUGCUUUCCUAAACAGCAAAAAAAAAGUUGAAGAUGUCUAGAUACUUAAUGGCUUUGACAGUGACCACCCUCGUCGGUGUGGCCGUUGGGGGGUUUGUCCUGUGGAAAGGCAUCCGGAGGCGGAGGAGUAAAGUGAGCCUUGACACCCACACCGGGCAGCAGCAGCAGCCGCAGCAAGCACCCAGCAGGGGGGAGUCACCCUCCCCGGAAGAGGACCAGCAGUGUUCCAGUGCCCCCCGAGCCUGGUGGGAGGAAAGGAUCCUCGGAGCGAAGGUGGUCACCGUGUCCCAGGAGGAGGAGUGGGAUCAAAUUGAGCCCUUACUUAGGAGUGAGUUACAAGAUUGUCCAGUGCUUGGAAUUGACUGUGAGUGGGUGAAUUCGGAAGGCAAAGCCAGUCCUCUGUCACUCCUUCAAAUGGCCUCCCCAAGCGGCUUCUGUGUCUUGGUUCGCUUGCCAAAGCUGAUCCGUGGAGGAAAAACACUACCGAAAACUUUGUUGGACAUUUUGGCAGAUGGCACUAUUUUAAAAGUUGGAGUCGGAUGUUCAGAAGACGCCAGCAAGCUCCUGCAGGACUACGGCCCCGUGGUUAAGGGGUGUCUGGACCUCCGGUACCUAGCUGUGAGGCAGAGAAACAAUUUGCUCUGUAAUGGGCUAAGCCUGAAAUCACUUGCUGAGACAGUUUUGAACUUUCCGCUUGACAAGUCCCUCCUGCUUCGUUGCAGCAACUGGGAUGCCGAGAAUCUUACUGAGGACCAGGUGAUUUAUGCUGCCAGGGAUGCCCAGAUUUCAGUGGCUCUCUUUCUCCAUCUUCUUGGAUACCCUUUCUCUAGGAAUUCAACUGUAGACGAAAACGAUGACCAUGUGGGUUGGAGAAAGGUCUUGGAAAAUUGCCAGGAUAUGGUAGACAUCCCAUUCCGAAGCAAAGGACUCAGCCGACUGGGGGAAGAGGUUAAUGGGGAAGCAGCAGAAACUCAGCAGAAGCCAAGAAAUAAGAAGUCUAAGACAGAUGGAAUGACGCCAGGCAACCACCAAGGGAAAGACCCCAGAAAGCAUAAAAGAAAGCCCCUGGGGGUGGGCUAUUCGGCCAGAAAAUCCCCUCUGUAUGAUAACUGCUUCCUCCAUGCUCCUGACGGACAGCCUCUCUGCACUUGUGACCGAAGGAAAGCUCAGUGGUACCUGGACAAAGGCAUUGGAGAGCUGGUGAGUGAGGAGCCUUUUGUGGUCAAGCUGCAGUUUGAACCCGCAGGAAGACCUGAAUCUCCAGGAGACUAUUACCUGAUGGUUAAAGAGAACCUGUGUGUAGUCUGUGGCAAGAAAGAUUCGUACAUUCGGAAGAACGUGAUUCCGCACGAGUACCGGAAGCACUUCCCCAUUGAGAUGAAAGACCACAACUCCCACGAUGUGCUGCUGCUCUGUACCUCCUGCCACGCCGUCUCUAACUACUAUGACAACCACCUGAAGCAGCAGCUGGCCAGGGAGUUCCAGGCCCCCAUCGGCUCUGAGGAGGGUCUGCGCCUGCUGGAAGAUCCUGAGCGCCGCCAGGUACGGUCUGGGGCCAGGGCCCUGCUCAACGCGGAGAGCCUGCCCGCUCACCGAAAGGCGGAACUGCUGCAGGCGCUCAGAGAGUUUUACCACACAGACACAGUCACGGAGGAGAUGCUUCAGGAGGCCGCCAGCCUGGAGACAAGGAUUUCUAACGAAAACUACAUUCCUCAUGGGCUGAAGGUGGUGCAGUGCCACAGCCAGGGCGGGCUGCGCUCCCUCAUGCAGCUGGAGAGCCGCUGGCGUCAGCAUUUCCUGGACUCCAUGCAGCCCAAGCACCUGCCCCAGCAGUGGUCAGUGGACCACAACCAUCAGAAGCUGCUCCGGAAAUACGGGGAAGACCUUCCCAUCAAGCUGUCCUGAGAGCUGCUCUCCUCCCAGGAUGGCUGGGAAGCUGAGCCAAGGUGGGAAAGUCACCUCUUCCUGUGUCAUUAAUUGUCAGAGCCUAGUGUCACAACUUGGAAUGCUAACCCACGCCAAUCCCAGGAUGCUUCUGGUGGAGGCGGGCUGUUGCUUCAAGGGGAGCUUACGGUUUUGGAUUUUACUUGGGCAGAGUGAGAAUUCCUUUUGCUUCCCUCUUAUUUUUUGUGGACAAAAGGGCCUUGGCCUUUAUUUUACUUUCCUUCUUUUGCUUCCUGUGCACAGACAGCAGAUGAAGGAUUCUCCCCUGAAGUGACUUGUCAAGACGCUCAGGUUUUUAAUACAUUUCUUCCCUGCCCGGUAUGUUGUUUUUUUCUCAAACAGGGGCAGUCAAGUAUUUUAAUCCCAUUGGGUUAGGACAGGAGAAAUUCUUGCAGAGGUUGGAGGGGUGAACAGGAGUCAGAUUCAUUUCCCCAGUUCAAGCUCAUAAUUAUAAAUUCCUUAACUUCAUGCUCUCCCACAUCUCACCUGGUUGAGAUCCAUCCCAUCUAGGUCACUUCGGUUUAUUUCCAUACUUGAGGAUGCUCCCCUUUACACAGCCAGGACCAAAGCAGCGACUUCCUGCCAUAUGCUUCCACCCUAACACUGGAGGAAAUUCUUUUCUGGAAAUAGGCCUUCUAACUGGGUGGGGCAGAAAGAGGUAGGAGCAUCAUCUCUCAAGAGAACUUUGAUAUUUGCUUUGCUUUCCCUUUCAUGCUGUUUGUUGUCUAUUCAUUGCAACCCUCCUGUCCAGAACUGCAAGGUUUUCUAGCUGAAUCUCCUUCUGAGAGGAAGAUUCUCUACUCUCAGAAUCAGUGUCACGUCCCUUCCGUGUUCUGUGUUCCUUCCGAUUUGUAAUACUGACCUCUUUUCAACACUCAGUUCUCUCUUGGAGUCCUUUGGUCGGGUUGCGUUGGGAGGAUUUCUCCACCUGCUCUCGUGCGUGGGACUCUGAGAUUAAUUCAUAUACUUAGAUGUUCAGAACAGUGGUUUUUCAUCUUUUUAUGUGAAGCUACCACUUUGAGCAUAAAUUAUUAGUGAUUAGCAGUUUUUCUAAAGUUUUUACUUGACAAGAUCGUAACAAACUUAGUGAUUUUAUGGCCAGAAUCCAACAGGAGCUGUUUUGAAAUUGUGCCCAAGUUGGUGACGGUUGCUCUAACACUCAUAAAUAAAACUUCUAAGCACAAAGC